UGUGUUCGGCUCGUUCGGCUCAGUUUCUGUCGGUAAGCUGGAGCUGAUAAUGUGAAAAUUUUUCUUAUGUUUAACUGUUUAUUGUUCCAUUAAUCUGCCGUUUCAGUUGCAAUAUUGUGAUCCUCAUUGGCGUAAGUCGGUUGAUGCGCUCACUAUUACCGCAAGAGCUCCUUCACCAUGUCGAAGAAACAGGACGCAGGAUCGUCGCAUGAUAAAAUAGGCAAAAACUUUUUCACAGAAGGUGAAAAAGUACUCUGCUUCCAUGGACCCUUAAUUUAUGAAGCAAAGUGUCUGGAGCUGACUUAUAAUGAAGAUAAAUCUACUUAUGAAUAUAAAAUUCAUUACUCUGGUUGGAACAAAAGCUGGGACGAAUGGGUGCCAGAAGAUCGUGUGCUCAAAUUUAAUGAGCAAAACCUCCAAAAGCAAAAAGAUUUAAUUCUUGCUCAAGAGGCUGAAUCGAAAAAUAAAAGAAAAUCGAGAAAAAUUGCAGGCCCAGACUGUCCACUGAAAGAAAAUUCAGACAGCCGUUCUUCAACUCCAGUUAAUGACAGAUCAGAAAAAGGAGACCGACGGAAGCAUACCGCAACUGUGGCACCAUCUAUCUCCUCAUCGCAAGAAUCUUGCAGUGAGCAACCUUCAAAACGAAGAGCUGCUAAAGUUGAUCCUGCUGUUGAAACAGAAGAACAAUAUUCAACCAGAAUAGAGAUAAAAAUUAAGUUACCGGAUGAACUGAAGCCUUGGCUCGUUGACGACUGGGAUUACAUAGUCCUCCAACGAAAGUGGCUGAAUCUACCAGCUCGAGUUACGGUUGAUCAAAUCAUAGAUGACUACAAAAAAUAUAAACUGAACAGCCGUGGAAAUAAUGCCAAAAAAGAAGUGACCAUUGGAACUCUAUCCAAUGGAGUCAAAGAAUAUUUCAACAUAAUGUUGAGCUCGCAGCUCCUGUACAAGUUUGAAAGGCCGCAAUACAAUCAGAUUCUGCAGAAGCAUCCUGACACACCGAUGUGUCAAAUCUACGGUGCUAUUCAUUUGCUCCGUCUUUUUGUGAAAAUUGGAGCCGCUCUAGCUUACACUACAUUAGAUGAAAGGAGUGUUCAAUCUCUGACCGUCUUUUUCAAUGAAUUUGGAAAAUACUUGGUUAAAAACAGUGCUUCCCUGUUCAACAGAGAUGAUUAUGUGUUAUCAGAAAGUCAACGUAUCGCUACAUGAUAAGUUCGUCUUGUGUCCGAUUCCACCUAGUCCUGCUCUCAUAGAGCUCAUUUCAUGCCUGCCUCCGGAUAUUCUGGAACUUACCUUUUUAAGCAAGUUAGUUUUAAAACUUAAUCGAGGUCUUCAAGUAUGGUUUUAAGUUCAUUGUAAAUCUAAUUUUACCCAUCUUUGUUUGUUUUAAGAUCUGUUAGAUCUCAACGCAGUAUGUGUUACAUUGAAGUGGGAUAUGAGAAUAUGAGUAGGGAAAAUGAAAAUGAAAUUUUUUUUAGUCACUGAAAAAAUUUUGAAGACUGUGAUUUCAAUAUCUGUGACUCUAGUUUUGUUAAUUUGAAGAAAAAAGACUUUUAUUAUUCUUUGACCGGAGAUCUCUUAAAAUAGCUACUUCUGUGAAGGUAGUUUUGUUGAAUUUCCUCAUUCAUUUUAGGGAACCAUUAUUAUUUUGAACCUGCAUAAAACUUAGAUCUCAUCUAGCAAGUAAAUUUUAAAGUUUAGGACCCUUAAUUUUUUCACCAUCUUAUUUAUCCUCUUGCCUUCCUUAUUAAAAUUAGUCCAACUCUUAUGAAGUAUUGAAGGAAAGGCACUACAGUCACAUAAAAUGUAAGAAUGAUUUGCUCAACACUGCAUCUCCAAUUUUCUCAUUUCUAGGAUAAGCAGACUUACUUUUCCUGUGGUCAGCUUUUUAACCAUUUUUUAAACCUUACUCUUAUAAAGUUUUUGAGAAGAGAUACCUACAUCUUCCUUUUCUGAAAGUAUGAAAAGUUACUUCUCUCAAGCAACUUUGUAAUUGUUAUUCUUUAGGUAAAGCCAACUGUCUGUAAAUUUCUAGAGUUUUUUGGGCAUUUCUUGUCAAUUUUUUUUUUUUUUUUUCUGUAGUCUGACAUAAAAAUGUAUUAAUUUUUAAGGCAUUUGCUGAAAAAAAUAUCUUGCCCUUCUCAAUUGAAUUUGCUCUCUCAGUUUGUUUGGAAGUUUGCCAUAGAGAGCUUUCAUCAUUUUUUCACAUAUUUUAUCAAAUGAAGCAAUGUAUCUACAGUGAAACUCCAAAAUCUUAUAGUUUGUUUGCGGCGUUUUAUAACCUGCAAUCCCAUUUAAUUAAUCAAAGUAGAACUUACCAACAUUUUUGCUUGAAAUUGUUUUAGAAUAUUUUUCACACAGGGAGGAAAUUUGAGGGAAGUUUUCAAAAAAUGACCUUCUAUAUUUCUCCAUUUAAUAAAUGAAUCAUGACAGCAAGUAUGGAGCAUUGCAAACUCGUUUUUGCUGUUUCACUGUCGGUUUAUAUUAGCUUCUUGAAGAAUGUCCUCUGUUACUUACUAUGCCAUCACGCAAACGAGUAUGCACCAAAAAGUAGAAUUACUCUAACUCUCAAAUAAUCUUCUCCUUUGGCACGAUUUUACAUACAUGUAUGGAGGCCCCUUUCAAAGGGCCUACUGACGCUCCGCAACCUGUAAUGAUUUAUAAGAAUGUCAAAGAAUGAUUUUAUAUAAAGUAUGGCACAAUUGUAUUAGAAUAUUAUUUUUAUUCGUUUAUUUUUUUAAAUUUAUUUUUAACAUUACUCCACAGAUGAAUCUAGAAUUCAAUUCUUUCUUAUAUUUAAUGGUUUGGUAAAAAACCAUAACUGCCACUAAUUUUUGCAUCUCAAACUGAGUGACAAUAGAACAAAACAUGUUUUUAGUUUGAGAACUUCUUUUCAUAUUUGACUAAGUUAUGUAUUCACUAUCAUAUGAAUGGAUUUAAAAAAUUAAAUCCUAGAUUGUAGUCCAAGGUACAAGUAUUGAUUCUGAUGGGGAAAUUUAAUUUCUUUUCAUGACAAUAUUCUCUCUUUUAACAGAGAGGAAAGGAGGGAAGCUUAAGUUCAAACUUACUGGAUUUGCAACCACCCUUAUUUCUUCUUGUCUUCUUUUUUUGCUUAAUGCGACUAAAUGGGAUGGAUUUUAAUUGUGUUUAAAAAAUAUUUCCGAUGUUAGCUCUGUGAGAAUGUUUGAUAUCAAAACCACCAUCUCCCAAUUCUUCCAUCCAGCAAUAUUUGUAUCUAAUUAAUAGAGUAUGCAACCCAUCGUGUUUUUUUACAUUUUCGUGUUCAUUUUUAUUUACCUACAAAUGAAUGGUGAAACUGCGGGAAUGCCUGAACGGUUUGUGACUUUACAGACUUUUUGCCAUACUUAAUUUUUUAAAUGAAAAUUACUAAAAUCGCUUCUUAAUAAUUUUUCUGAUUUUUCUUCCCUGUGUGAAGAUUAUUCUGUAAAAAUUUCAAGCAAUGGCGUUGGUUUGUUUCUCUUUGAUGAAAUAAAAUGGGAGCUUAGAUUUUAAAAUACCCCAAACAAGAUAACGAUGGCAAAGAAACAAUGCUGCCAAUCUGCAAGUUGGCGAUUAUACAGGAUAAAGAGAAAACUUCACCAUUUUCCUGUAAUUUCUAGGUUAAUUAGUCUAUCAGUCAGUUUGUAAGGUUUGCAAUUUUUUUUUAUACAUCACACCGUCAUUACAGUGCUCCCAUGCAGAAUUAGAAAAAACUAGAGACAUCAACUUGUGUAUUUUAUACUGUAGAAUGUGGCAAAGUCACUAAUUCUUUUUCAACAAAAUUGUCAAUCAGCAGUACAUAUUGUUCUUCAGCCCUAGAUAAACUUUUCUGCAGUGUCACCGUUGAUAAUACAUAAUUACUUAUUUCAGUCUUUUUCUUGUAAUAUUAGGUAGCAUACCUCAAGGCAAGAUCAAUCCACCCAAGUCAGUCAUUCCCAUGGACGAGUAUUGGAACUUAACUGCGCUGUGACGUAGAACUGUCUGUUUGCAAUGUAUUUCUUAAGAGAGCAGCUGAUGUGCUGUCACACUUGGUUGUGGCCGAGUUGAGGCCGGGCAGGGAAGUGAAUUUCAAAAAAUUGCACGAUGGCUGACCUGUGUAGAUAGGUCUUUCCGCAAGGAAAAUUUUAAGGAUUGUUAGUCGUUGCCUAUGAAAUAUUUUAAAAUGGCCUAACUGUAACUUCUUAGUGUUUUAUUUCUUGCUUUGUCCCCUGUAUAUUAAUUAAAAAUGAUCUAUCUUAAAUAUAAUUUUUGAUUUUUUAUGAUCAGGACAUGUUUUAACGGUGGAGAAGUGUGCAUUUCAAAAACCACCUGAGUGCAACAGCUCAUUCAUUGUGCAAUAAAUGAAUGCAUGAUAAUUAUUCUUUUCAUUUUUCUUUUUUUCAAUUGAUAUCCUUACAGUAAGUGUAAAGAAUGUUUUCUUCCAUUAUUCUGUACCAAAUAAAAUUUAACCAGGCUCAA